GUCAGACGAAAAACCUGAACAUGUAUUGGUACACAUCAUUAAAAACUUUACACCUUCUUGGUUUAGUGUAAUUAUGGGCACGGGUAUUUUAUCCAUUCUAUUACAGACUUUUCCCUAUCAAUUCUAUGGUUUGCCCACCAUUGCUCUCGUCGUUUAUAUCAUAAACAUUGUGCUCUUUUGCAUCUUUACCUUAAUCACGGCUGCACGCUAUUUAUUUUUUCCUUACAUAUUUUCCCUCAUGAUGAAAAACUCCACACAGUCACUCUUUAUAGGCACCUACUCCAUGGGUUUAACCACCAUUUGCAACUUCACCAUCAUUGUAAUCACAAAAAAGUUCGAUUGGGGAAUGAAUCUAGCAUUUGCUUUAUGGAUCGUCACUGUCAUCGUCACUUACUUUAGCUGUAUUGUUGUACCUUAUUAUAUUAUUGUACAUCACAACCACGAACUGGAGAAUAUGAACGGAACUUGGUUACUUCCCUUUGUACCAGCUGUUGUGACAGGUGCUUCCGGAGGUUUAUUAUCAAAUAAUAUCGAUGAAGGACGAGCACUAGUCAUCUUGAUCAUUUCCUACGUUACUAUGGGUAUGGGUUUAUUCUUGGCUACGUCUAUCAUUACCAUUUACUGGUGCCGUCUUGUCGUCCACAAAUUGCCGCCUAAAGAAGUCAUUAUCUCUUCUUUUCUACCAUUAGGUCCUCUGGGACAAGGAGCCUAUGGUAUGAUUCAACUCGGAAGUGCGGGGAAAAGAAUAUUUGGUGAUAAAUAUAUUACGGGAUUGGGCGAUACGGCUUAUGGUAUAGGCUUCUUAGCUGCCUUGGCCUUAUGGGGAUAUGGUAUCUGGUACCUGUCCGUAGCUGUAUUUUCUGUCAUUAGAACCACAGUGUAUGACAAGAUCCCAUUUAAUAUGGGUUGGUGGAGUCUUACUUUCCCUUUAGGCGUAUAUACGGCAGGCACGUUGGCUAUUGGGGAUGUGCUGGAUUCCAUGUUCUUUCAAGUACUAGGUGCUAUUUUCACAUGCUGUUUAGUGGUACUUUGGUUAGCCGUGUCGGCUUUGACAAUACAAGGAGCUGUUACUGGCAAAAUAUUUUAUGCUCCUUGUUUGACACCAAUCAAGGACGCAGUGCCGACUUGAGUUUAGCUUUUAUAUAAUAGGG